AUGGUGAGGAGGAUGACGAUAUUCCAGGCACUGUUUAAAGUGUUUGGCCGUUACCAAUUUGCUCAGAUUGUAGCGAGCCUCGCCUUCUAUAAUGUGGGGAGCCCCCUAAACCUGAUGGAUAAACCUGGGCUCCUGGUUUCUGGAUUUGGAUGUGAGAAUUACAUUCCUGUGCUUCAUUCUUAGAUAAACAAGUUGGAGAAAGCUGUCGCCGCCGCGCACACCUUCUUCGUGGGCAAUCCCGAGCACACAGAGAUGCGUCAGAACCUGGACUAUUACCAAAGCAUGUCCGGGGUGAAGGAGGAGGACUUCAAGGAUCUUGAGGCCAGACCCCACAUGCAGGAGUUCCGGCUGGGAGUGCGCCUCUACUCUGAGCAGCAGCCCCAGGAGGCCGUGCCCCACCUGGAGGCGGCGCUGCGGGAGUACUGGGUGGCGGAUGGGGACUGCCGCGUGCUCUGCGAAGGCCCCUACGACUACGACGGCUACAACUACCUGGACUACAACGCCGACCUGGUCCAGGCCAUCACAGAUCAUUACGUCCAGGUCCUCAGCUGUAAGCAGAGCUGUGUCACUGAGCUGGCGUCCCACCCAAGUCGCGAGCAGCCCUUUGAAGACUUCCUCCCGUCGCAUUACAACUACCUGCAGUUUGCCUACUAUAACAUUGGGAAUUACACACAGGCUAUUGAAUGUGCCAGGACCUAUCUCCUCUUCUUCCCCAACGACGAGGUGAUGAACCAGAACCUGGCCUACUACACAGCCAUGCUGGGAGAGGAACGAGCGGAAGCCAUUGGUCCCCGCGAGAGUGCCCAGGAGUACCGACAGCGAAGCCUGCUGGAGAAAGAACUGCUUUUCUUUGCUUACGAUGUCUUUGGGAUUCCCUUUGUUGAUCCGGAUGCGUGGACUCCAGAAGAGGUGAUUCCCAAGAGAUUGCGAGAGAAACAGAAGUCAGAACGGGAAACGGCCGUCCGCAUCUCCCAAGAGAUCGGAGACCUCAUGAAGGAGAUCGAGACCCUUGUGGAAGAGAAGACCAAAGAGUCUCUGGAUGUGAGCCGGCUAACCCGAGAAGGCGGGCCCCUGCUCUACGAAGGCAUCAGCCUCACCAUGAACUCCAAGGUCUUGAACGGCUCCCAGAGGGUGGUGAUGGAUGGCGUCAUCUCCCACGACGAGUGCCGGGAGCUGCAGAGACUGACCAACGCAGCAGCGACUUCGGGAGAUGGCUACCGGGGUCAGACCUCCCCACACACCCCCAACGAGAAGUUCUACGGCGUCACUGUCUUUAAAGCCCUCAAGCUGGGCCAGGAAGGCAAAGUGCCCCUGCAGAGCGCCCGCCUGUACUACAACGUGACGGAGAAGGUGCGGCGCGUCAUGGAGUCCUACUUCCGCCUGGACACCCCCCUCUACUUCUCCUACUCCCACCUGGUGUGCCGUACCGCCAUCGAAGGUGGGCCUCUCCACCCCGCACCUGUGCCCGGCCCCCCACUCUGCGGGACGCUGGGAUCACCUAAAGGGCAAGAUGUGGUCCCCCCAGCUGGGAACCAACCGGUGCAAAGAAACGCACAGCCAGUGAGGGUGACAGGCGCAGCAGAGGAAGCCGCCAUCAGCCGGAGACCUGGGGGUCAGAGGGCGCCCCACAGGAGGUGGUGGCGGUGGUGUGCCAUCCUUUACCUAAACGGAGACUUCGAUGGAGGAAACUUUUAUUUCACUGAACUAGACGCCAAGACCGUGACCGCCGAGGUGCAGCCCCAGUGUGGCAGGACGGUGGGAUUCUCUUCCGGCACCGAAAACCCGCACGGAGUGAAGGCCGUCACCAGAGGGCAGCGCUGCGCCAUCGCCCUGUGGUUCACGCUGGACGCGCGGCACAGUGAGCGGGACAGGGUGCAGGCGGACGACCUGGUCAAGAUGCUCUUCAGCCCAGAAGAGGUGGACCUGCCCCAGGACGCGCGGCAGGCCUCCCCCCAGCCUGCAGAGGCACCUCUCUCCAGCAGUGAGCUGGGUCACAAGGACGAGCUCUGACAGUGUCCACCCCACCCCUGGAUGGGCCACGAGGCCCACCGUGAGGAACUCUGUCGUGCCUGCUGGACUCCUGCCCCUGGGGGCCGCGGAGCAGUGGGGGGCUGGCUGCGCCCAGCCGAGGGGACCCGCUCACAGCUGUGGGUCGGCACGGUGCUACCGCUCGUGGAGUGGACACGGCAGGACGCCUGCUUCCCUCGGGACCUAGCUGGGGGCUCAGGCAGCCACACCACAACAAUACAGUAUUUAAGUGUCUGUGUAGAUAACCAAAGAAUAAAUGA